GUCAAACUCUUACCACCCCAUCCUCUCUGUGCACUACCAACUAUGGCCGAUGCUGCUCUUGGCCCGCAGCCUGACUUCACCGUCAUGGCGGUCGGUUGCGAGGAGACGGCCAACACUCUCACCAACACGGCCAAUACUUUCGCCAACACUUUCAACAACAUGGCGGCACAAAUUCGCAACUGCCAGAAUUUGCCGACUGUGCGAAGCGACAACGACAUCGCGACUGCGUUGCGGGGCAUUGGCGAACAACUCAAUGACAUCAAGGGCGACAUCAGGCAGCUUGACGCCAGAGUCGGGCGCCUUGAGCAGGGCAUGAAGAGCGGGUUUCGUCGUGUCGACGUGCAGCUGCUGAAUCAACAAGCGCGCCUCGAGAACAGCCAAAAUAUCGCCGGCAACGUCGAUGAGAACCUUACGCCGCUCUAUUCGUUGACGGCCGCCGAUGCCCAGCCCCAAGUUAUCCCGGACUUCCCCUCCCGCAUUGACGACAUCAGCCAGAUGGACGGUGGACGAGUCAACGAGUUGCUCCGCCAUUUGGAGCAGGGUACGACCGGGAACCUGGGCCAGCGCAGGACGAGGCUUAAGAGGGCGGUGGGGGGGUACAUACGCGCCACUGGCCCGUUUGCGAAGGUCUAAGCUCUGCGGCAUACUUACUGGCGUUUGGGGCAAGGCAUUGUUUGUUAGCACUAGCAUUAGGCUGGAGUUACGGAUUUGCAUGCGGUGGCUACGGAAGCCGACUGGCGAAAGAGAGGCCUCAUUAGGUAAUUCACUCGAAUAGCA